AUGUUGCAAAAGUUUGGGCUUGAUAUAAUUAUCGGAUCAGCAGAUAGCCAAUUAACAAAGAUCGCUGCUGCUGCAGGUAGGAGAUUGUCUGCUUAUGAAUGGUAUUACUGUUGGUGGCUGAUCCUUGUAUGUUAUCCAGUGUUUUCUCUCCAACUCGGCUAUCUUGACUACAAUGGACGAGCUUUUGAAAUGCUUGCAAUUGAAAGUGCGAACCAAGAAGCGGGACUGAUCGAAGUCACAAGCGCAUGGGAUGCAACGUCGAAUCCUGUGAAGCCCCCGCCCUUGGGCGAAGCCUUAAAGAAAAGUGCUCGAAGCUUGGUGGUAUUUACUUAG